AUGGUUCUCGCAAAGAGUAAAAACUCCGCCGGGCUGGGCAACAGCCUGAUGAAUGACCGGUUUGGCAAAGGCAAGGCCUCGAAUAUGAAAAAGGCCUCGCACAACGCCGCCAUCGUCCGCCAGGAUCCCGACGGAAAUAGCUAUGUGACCAACGCCCCGAAGCAGGCAGCCUGGAUGAAGAUGCGGUCCGUCACGGAACAGCAGGCUCUCGAUGAGUUCCUGUCCACCGCCGAACUGGCCAACACCGACUUUACCGCCGAGAAGAUGCACAAUGUCAAGAUCAUCCACUCAGACCAGAAGAACCCUUACCUUUUAUCCGCCACCGAAGAGCAGUCCGCAAUCCGCAAACAGUCCAAGAACCGGAACCGCUUGACGGUCCCCCGUCGCCCGGCCUGGGAUGCGACGACGACGCGGGAGGAGCUUGAUCGUCGCGAGCGGGCGAAUCUGCUGGAGUGGCGACGUGGACUGGCCGAGUUGCAGGAGAACAACGACUUGCUCAUGACUCCCUUCGAGCGCAACAUCGAGGUGUGGCGUCAGCUCUGGCGUGUGAUUGAGCGCUCCGACCUCGUCGUCCAGAUCGUCGAUGCCCGCAACCCUCUCCUCUUCCGUUGCGAUGACCUCGAGACCUACGUCCGCCAGAUCGACUCCAAGAAGCGCAAUCUCCUGCUCAUCAACAAGGCCGAUAUGUUGACCGAUAAGCAGCGCGUCAUGUGGGCCGAAUAUUUCGAGCGCGAGCAGAUCGACUUCCGAUUCUUCUCCGCCCAUCUGGCCAAGGAACGCAACGAGCGGCUCGAGCGGGGGGAGACGGAGGAAGACACGGAACAAGCGGAGGAGGAACUCGCAGGCGCGACCGAUUCCAUGAAUCUGCAGGACGGGAAGCGCCGCAACAUCGAGAUCCUUGACGUCGAAGAACUUGAGGAGCUUUUCCUCUCCAACGCGCCCGACAAGCUCCCCGAGAGCGACAACCCGGAGCACCCGCGGAAGCAGAAGACGACCAUCGGCCUGGUCGGGUACCCCAACGUCGGUAAGUCCAGCACGAUCAACGCCCUGCUGGGCUCCAAGAAGGUGUCGGUUUCCGCGACCCCGGGAAAGACCAAGCAUUUCCAGACGCUGUACCUCACGCCCGAGAUCAUGCUGUGUGAUUGCCCCGGUCUCGUGUUCCCCAACUUCGCCUCCACCAAGGCCGAGCUGGUCGUCAACGGCGUGCUGCCCAUCGACCAGCAGCGUGAAUUCACGGGGCCCGCCCACCUGGUGGCCCAGCGGAUCCCCAAGACCUUCCUCGAGAACAUCUACGGCAUGCGCAUCCGCACCCGCCCGCUCGAGGAGGGCGGCACCGGCGUCCCCACGUCCCAUGAGCUGCUGCGCGCCUACGCCCGCGCCCGCGGCUUCUCCACCCAGGGUCUAGGUCAGCCCGACGAGUCGCGCGCCGCCCGCUACGUCCUCAAGGACUACGUCAACGGCAAGCUGCUCUACUGCCACCCGCCGCCCCAAGUGGCGGACGCGGACCCGAUCGACCCGGCCGCCUUCAACCACGAGCUCUACGACAUCGCUCACCUACCUCCCCGCCGCCAGGCCGCGCUCCUUAAGACCAUGGAGGCCGAGGCAGAGGCGAACGCCGCCGCCGCCACACGGAACCCGACCAGCGCCGGCGGCGACGAUGACGAGUCGCAGGAAGCCGCCGCGGACAUCGACGCCGAGCUGCUCUCGUCCGUCGCCCCGGAGAAGCCGGGCCUGCGCUCCCGCAACCUGGACACAGGAUUCUUCGGCCCCGGAACGGGGACGUCCACAGGUCGCAUGACGCUGCCGUUCAACGCGCAGUACACGACUCAAGGCCAGGAGAUGCGCAAGCCGCUGACCGGACGCAAGGAGCGCCUCAUGGUAGCCAUGGAUCGCGGCAUCGACCCGUCCGAAGUACGCAAAACCAACUCGAAGAAACACUUCAAGGCGAACAAGCGCCAGGCGAAGAAGACGCGCAAGGCGGGCGAGGAGGACGAUUACUAGUUUCUUUUUCUUUUUUCCAUGGCAGCCUCGUCUCACUUUCGCAUUUCUUUCUUUCGUUCGAAUCCUUUUUUCCCAUUUUUUCCUUCGUUCCCUGAACCUUUAU